UCCAUAUUCCCCUCUCCAUACGCCUGUCUCUGUUUCUCUUUCUCCAAUGUUUUCAAACCGAUGAGCACGCUGUGUGGCUCCUAGCCUCCUACUCAUCACUGCAACUGUAACAGUAACAGCAGAGAUAUCGCCACUCAAGAGGAGUGCCAUCGCCGACAUCUACACACACAGUCACACACACACCAACGUUGGAUGAACAUCGGCUUAUUCUUCUCAAACGUACGCUGGGGAGGUAGAGAGAGAGAGAGUGUCCACCUGCGCUUAUCUCAUACACAACAGGGCUAAGAGAACUCCAGCAACCACCAGUGAUCUUAGAGGAGUCCUUGGAUUACUGAAGCUUGACUGACCAUUCUAACAAAACCAAAAGGCAAAGCAACAAACCAUGAAGACCAGACUAGCCUGCCUGUCCAAUAAGUCGGACUCCUACACCGACUUCACUGAGUUCCUGCCUCCUGCCCAAGACAGGACCACCAGAUGCCUAAAGCUGACAAAAGACGAGGUCAUUCGAUGGGCAGAUUCCUUCGAUGUUCUUCUAUCGCACAAGUAUGGCCUGGCUGCCUUCCGGGCUUUUCUCAAGACGGAGUUCAGCGACGAGAACAUUGAGUUCUGGAUGGCCUGCGAGGAAUAUAAAAAAAUCAAGACUCCCGCUAAACUGGUGACCAAAGCCAACAAGAUCUACAAUGAGUUUAUCGAUGUCAAGGCUCCCAGAGAGGUAAACAUAGACUUCCGUACACGGGAGGUGACGAGACAGAGCCUUGAGGAGCCCACUCCUUCCAGUCUGAACGAGGUCCAGGCCAGGGUCCACAGCCUCAUGGAGAAAGACUCUUACCCACGCUUCCUCCGCUCCAAGAUCUACCAGGACUUACUCAAAACGCAGUACACACCCUGCCAACGGAACUCUGUCUGAAGAACACACACGUGCAGCUGCAGAUACAUAUACGCACACUUAAGUAAUAAUGCCGUGAAGCCAGUGUUUGGAGGAUAUAUUGGCACGGGUGUUGCUAGGCCAGAGACAAAGUCGAGGGUCGGCAAACCGUGCCAAUAUAUCCCCUAACAUCAGCUUCUUGGGCAUUAUCACUUUUAUACAACGGGUUAGCAACAUAUUCAAAUAAUGAUUGACGUAUUUUAAUUAAAAACAUUCAUUUGAUAAAUGUAUUCAUACUAUUUCAUCCUUCCACAAUAUAUUGUCCCAAAUCUAGGGUUGCUACCCAAGCUGGCUGGUUGUUCAUUCUAUCGGUUCGGUUUGCUAGAGACGCAACCCAGUCAUUCAGAUUUUUUGUUCUGUAUCUAUGGAGGCGACACAGUCGUUCCUUCUAGAUAUUCCAUUGCCAUACUGGCUAGCAACGUUCUUAUCCCUUGCUUGCUAGCUAGCAAACUACGGCUAACUUACAGUCACAUCAAAAAAGUGCAGCCAGAACAACAGCAAGCAUUUGGAUUUGUUUAAGCUGUUUUCUAGUGACAUUUAUUUGGAUACAGCCAUAACAAUGAGCUAGUGAGGCGCAAUUUCGCCUGGCAUAUAACAUCUGCUCACUCGUCAGGAUACGGUCGUUGAGAGGAGCUAGCCAACAAUACAGCUAAUGCAAUCACUUCAAACUGAAGCUGGAAAGACUGCAAACUAGCUGCACUUCAUUUCGUUUUACCUUGUUUCAAUUGAUAUUUCUUUGUAUAUAUCCAUAAAAAUUAUGCCAGCUGAUUCGUUAUUUCAACUGGCUGAGAAACGCAGCUUGCCUGUCGGUCUCGUUCCGACUCCCGACACGUUCAUUACUAUGAGACAGCUGGAGAUCGAAAUUGAAUAUUGAAACAAUGUUGUAAAUGUCAGAGAGACAUGCUGCAAGGUUUAUACAAAUCUCCUCUGUUGAAAACGAAAUGUUAGUAUAAAAUAAAUGUGAGAUAAUAUCUAGAUGCUUUUUUAUAGUGGAGAUCAAGUUUAUAAAUUGCUUGGCUGGGCUGAUGAGACAGUGGAUUGCACAGUCAGAUGGAACAAAGUAAAUAGGCAUUUUAAGUUCAUAGAUUUAGCCAGUGGUAACUUGUGGAAUAGACACCGGCUGGAUUGCUGUUUUAACCAAUCAGAAUUCAGGAUUAGACCCACCCGUUGUAUAAACACGCACACACACAAACACACACACACACUUCUUCAGUAGUUAGAAGAACACAAGUAACCAUUAUUCCUCAAGUCCUAACUUGAGAUAUAUGUGCGUAACUCAAUUUCAGUCUCCCAUUGACAUAGUGAAUCAUGUGAAAGUUUAAGUUAAAAGAUUAAGUUUAAGUAUCAACUUAGGAUUCUAACAGAGGGAUUCAUAGAAUUUAGACAUAUCGUGAUAUUGUGUCGAGCUAGUUUGCACUUAGAAAACAAAAUACCACAAGACCUUGUACUGUGUAUACUUGUAUUACUCUUAUUAGACAACAUGUUGUUUUUGUUCAUGUGUAUUUAUCCUCUCAAUGUAUACUCAUUUUGAAGUUGAUAAGUUUCUGGGAAUUUUAUUCAACUUUUGCAGCACGUCAUGUUCUAUAUAUACUGUAAUAUUCUUUCAGAUUAUGAAUAUUUAGAUAAUUAUUCUUUAAAAAAUACAUAGAAUAUAGAGUAUAUUUGAAUUAUUGAUGAUAUACACACUUUAAAAGAUAUGAUUUAAACUUACUGUGGAUCAGUGAAACUGCAUGAGUAAAAUAUAAAAUAUACAUAUUUGCAAUGGUUUGUUCAUAGUGGUGCAUACCUUGAAAGUAAUGUCCUCUUGAGUUUUUUUCUAUAAAAAUGAAAUGACCUGUU